AUGAUGAAGGAAAUUGAAUAUAAUGAAGAAUUUGUCAUUCAUGGUCAACAUUUACUUAUUGUUGAACCACCUGCUUCAAGUACUCGAUAUCAUCAUGUUGCUUCUCAAUUUUUAUAUAUUCAUUCAAUUGGUAUCUUUUCAUUAACUCAACAAGACUAUAAUAGUUAUUCAGCUGCUUAUUGUCAAAUAUGGUUAACAUUAGCAAAUACAUUAUCAUUGUAUGUUUAUUUAUUAACAUUAGAUUAA